AUGCAUCUCGCAACGCUCGCUUUCCUCCCUCUCCUCCUCUCUGCAUCUGGAUCCGUCCGCCUGGUCGCCGGCUAUGUCGCACAGGCCAGGUUGCAGGGUCCGACGUGUACGCGGACCACCGUAGCUAUCCUCGGCGGGGGAAUGGCCGGUGUCACUGCUGCGCAAACACUCGCCAACGCGUCGAUUACAGACUUUCUCAUUCUAGAGUAUAGAGAUACCCUCGGCGGCCGAGUCACGCAUACAGAGUUCGGGCAGGACCCAAAGGGGGAGCCGUAUGUUAUUGAGCUUGGUGCGAACUGGAUCCAAGGUCUCGGCUCAGAAACGGCCGAGAAUCCUGUUUGGGCAUUGGCCAAGAAGCACAACCUCUCAAACACACCCUCAAACUACGACUCGAUCCUGACAUACGACGAAACCGGAUACGCAGACUAUACAGCGACGCUCGCGCAGUACGCCCUCGCCCGCGAAAAAGCCUCCCUCCACGCCGGCCGCAUCCUCACCUCGAACCUCCAAGACAUGACGGCCCGCAGCGGCCUCGCGCUCGCGGGCUGGCGACCGCGCAGGGACGACAUGGCCGCGCAGGCAGUGGAAUGGUGGAAUUGGGACUGGGAAGGCGCCUCGGCCCCGGAAACAAGCUCCUUCGUCUUUGGCGUCGCGGCCGAGAACCUCACGUUCAACCAGUUCGGUGCGCAGAAUAACCUCGUCCUCGACCGCCGCGGAUACAGCGCGAUUAUCCGCGGCGAAGCAGACACGUUCCUCUUGGGACCCGACGACCCGCGCCUCUGGCUCAACACGCAGGUCACGGAGAUCGAGUACAGCGCGCACGGCGUCGUGGUCCGCAACGCAGACGGCUCGUGCGUCAGCGCCGCAUACGCCAUCGCGACCUUCUCCGUCGGCGUGCUGCAGAACAACGCCGUGCGCUUCGAACCAGAGCUGCCCGAGUGGAAGCGCACAGCGAUCGAAAAGUUCACCAUGGGGACAUACACCAAGAUCUUCAUGCAGUUCCCGUAUACAUUCUGGCCAGCGGACACAGAGUUCUUCCUGUACGCUUCACCCACAUCGCGCGGGUACUACCCGGUCUUCCAAUCGCUGUCCAAAGAGGGCUUUCUCCCCGGGAGCCACAUCCUCUUCGUGACCGUCGUCGAAAGUCAGUCGUACCGCGUGGAACGCCAAUCCGAUUCCGAAACCCAGUCCGAGAUCAUGGCUGUCCUCCGCCAGAUGCUCCCCGGCAUGACAAUCCCCGACCCCGUCGCAUUCACGUACCCGCGCUGGUCGACCGAGCCCUGGGCGUACGGAUCCUACUCGAACUGGCCCGCGGGAACCACGCUGGAGAUGCACCAGAACCUGCGGGCGAAUGUGGGGCGGCUGUGGUUCGCGGGGGAGGCGACGAGCGCGCAGUAUUUUGGGUUCUUGCACGGGGCGUUGUUUGAGGGGAGGGAGGUCGGCAUGAGUAUUGCGGCGUUGCUGCAGGAUGAGUGUGCGAGGGGGGAUAGACGGGAGGGCGAGGCCAGGAAAGGGGCUCUGUGUGAUGGUGGGAGGACGCAUUAUGGGGUGUUGCAUGGGACGACGCCGCUUGCGGCGUAUUCGGGGGUCAAUGGGUGGGGGGUGAAUAGUACGAGUGUACAGGCGUGA